UUUCUCCUCUGUGUAUUUCCCGUCCCUUUCUCUUCUCUUCCCAUUUUCCUUCUUUCCAGUAUAUUAAAUUUCCAUCACAUAGAAAUCAUCGGCUUAGAUAUGUCAAUUUUUUUUCCCCAUGAUAGUUACGUCAUUAAAAAGUACACGAAUUGAAAAUAGAUAGAGAGAAAGAGUAAGGCAGAGAAAUACUUAAUAUAAUGAGAUGCGUGUGAAGAAGAGAAGACGCAGAGGAGAAAAAGAAAUGUAUACGUUAUUGAAAUCAUUCUACUCUAUUUAAUCACUCACGGGAAAUCUUUUUUUUCUUUAUCAUUUUUAUCAUUUAUGUUAUUUUUCUCGUUGUCUUCUCCCUCAUCGACAUUCUUCUUUUCGGAACGCUCAGAAAAGAGGCAGAAAAAAAAGAGAUAAAAAAAGGAGAACAAUAAAGCAGGAACCGAUAAAUCUGAUAGAAAAGGACACACAGACAAUAAAUAAUAGAGUUACGGAAAAAGGAGGAGGAGGAGGAGAAAGACGGCCAAAGAUAGAGAAAGAAAGAGAAAGAGAGAGACAGAAAGAGAAAAUAAAAAAAAAGAAAGUAUGAAUAUAUAGAAAACUGAAAUACAAAACACAAACGAUACAAAACGGAAAGCGGGACGAAACAAAAACAAUAACUGACCACCAAAACACAACUCACGCCACACUCAUCCACUACAAAUCAAACACGAGUCACCGUCAGCCACAAUGCAAUGUAGUACCGACCACUCGCCAUAGUCAAAGCACAGUGAAGCAGCGGAUCAUACACUCACACACACGCACACGGUCACACAUACAUUGCAAGUCAAAUCAGCGAUCCAGUCACUCCAUCACACGAAGCCGCAAGUCGCAAGUUAGGACAGCACCGUGCAGUGUAAGGUACCAGUGAACAGUAGCGCAUCCCGGCGGCGAGUCAGCGUGGUGGAGGUGGAGGAGGAGGAGGAGGAGGAGGAUAGAGUGUAGAAGCGAGUCACAAAGGGAAAGACCCGCCCGAUAAGUCACCGAAGCUAUCAGGAGGAGAGCAGUUGGAAGGCCGCGACGUCACACCUUCGUGCCUGCUGAGUGGCGGCGGCAGCAGAGGCGACAGAUUCUUGGAAACACGUAAAGGUCGCCUCUCGUGUGCUUGCGCACCUGCCCGGCACGUGAGGCGUCCCGCUGGGCACCGCGACCACCCAGGGUACGCAGGGCUAACCAGAGUCCUCCAGGCAGACGGGGCGUGAGGGAGGGAGCCUGCGCCCCUCCCUCCCCCUCCCUCUUACCACCUAUAUCUCCCCCUUGAAAAUGGACACUGUUGGUGACAUCUGACUCGCCGCACCCCCAGCCAUGUCGGGUCAGGUCACGGGCGUCCCCACCACCGCCCUGCCGGAGGCCACCACUCAGGGGCCAAUGGGUGGCGGUGGGACGGUCCCUGACGAUACUGGGGUUCUGGUGGAGGGAGGAGGCCCCAUGCUGGAGGAGGACGGGGGAGAAGCCCUACUGGAGUUAAAUUGCUCUGUGCCCUGUGGGAACUACACGGCGCCCACCAACACUUCCAACGUGCCCGGCGAUUCCUACUACUUCUACGAGACGGAGCAGUUCGCGGUGAUGUGGAUACUGUUCAUCUCCAUCGUGGUGGGCAACGUGGCGGUCAUCAUUGCGCUCCUCCUCUCUAAGACGCGCAAAUCCAGAACCAAUUUCUUCAUCAUGCAUUUAGCGCUGGCCGAUCUGUCGGUGGGGCUCAUCAGCGUUCUCACGGAUAUUGUAUGGAAGAGCACCGUCUCCUGGAACGCGGGAAACAUCGCCUGUAAAACCGUGAGAUUCGCCCAAGUGCUGGUGACGUAUUCCUCCACGUACGUGUUGGUUGCUCUCUCCAUCGACCGCUACGACGCUAUCACCCAUCCCAUGAACUUCUCCGGCAGCUGGCGACGGGCGCGACGGUUGGUUGCGGGCGCCUGGGUUCUGUCUGCGAUAUUUGCCUCACCCAGCCUCGUUUUCUUCAUGGAGACAUCAGUGGACGGCGUGAUGCAGUGUUGGAUCGACUUCCCCAAGCUGUGGCAGUGGAAGCUUUACAUGACCUUGGUGGCACUCACGGUGUUCCUCUUCCCCACCGUGAUCAUCGCCGCUUGCUACGCCGUCAUCGUCUACACCAUCUGGUCAAAGGGGAAGGUGAUGACUGUUACCUCCAAAGCUCUCGGCGCUCGCAACGGCGAGAAGCGAGGCGCCAAUCCUGACGACGACUCUCGGCGCGCCAGCUCCCGCGGCCUCAUCCCCAAGGCCAAGAUCAAGACUGUCAAGAUGACCCUCGUGAUUGUCUUCGUGUUCAUCCUGUGCUGGUCACCGUACAUAGUCUUCGAUCUCCUGCAAGUCUACGGUUACGUGCCACAGUCAGCCACCAACAUCGCGGUCGCCACUUUCAUUCAAUCCCUGGCGCCUCUCAACUCGGCCGCCAAUCCCAUCAUCUACUGUCUUUUCUCCACCCAUAUAUGUCGCAACCUCAGGUGGGGAGGAUGGGGAAGAAUCCCAGCGGUGGAGUGGGUGGUGGUGCGCUUCUUCCCUUGUCUGGAGUGCUCGCGGCAGCCCCUGGAACCGCGCCACACCCUGCACCGCUACGGUACAGACUACACGAGUGUGAGUGACGCCUCCACGCGACGCCACACCGCCAACUCCGUCAGGUACACUGCAAGCACUUCCACAGCCUCCACUGCCUCGCAGGACCCAAAGCCGCCCAAUUCUACCCGCAACGGCCUCGCCCAGUCCCCGGCGGCGACCAAGGGCAAGGCAGGGAGUACCAGCAGGUGCGCCACGCCCGUGAGCUGAACAAGCCAACACCUCCCUCCCGCCCACCCGCCUCCACCCGCGAUGAGCACCUCACCACAGAGAUGCUCACCUACCCCUCCCAGCGGCGCCACCACCUCCUCGUGCGUGGCUCCGUGGUCUAGGGCGACGUGGGAGGGAGGCACGGGUGAGCUUGACGUCCGUGCAGAAGCGGCAGUGGUUAGGGUGGCGAGUUAUAGUGAAGGACAAGAGUUCACUACCGCUGCUUGCUACCCGAUGUCUUGCGGUGCGCUUGCUGGUGAGUUCCGUAUUUGUGGUGAAGGAAAGGACCUCUUCUGCACGACAGCUGAGGGAGGGAAGGAAUAUCGCCGUCAUUGUCGUCCUCAUCUUCGUCGUCGUGUAGUUGUCGUCUCUCCAUGGUCGUACAGGCGUGAAGAACCUUACCUUACCUCCUCCCUCAACCGUGACUUAAUUCAUUCACUUGUCUGUCUACGUACAGUACAUACCAUUCCUGUCGUUUUCACACCACCACGACCAACCUGCCACUAUCACCACUACUCGUACUGUCGCCAUGCCGCCGUCAUCACUCUCCUUCCACGACUAUACUCAAGUCAACCAGCGUCGUCGUCCUGUGGUCCUGUUCUAGUCGUCCCCUGACCCCAUGAACGACGCCCUCAUCCCAGCACGCCACGUUUUCAAUCCAGUGUUCCGUAUUUGAUCUCCAUGUGACUUCCAAAUGGCAGGAAUUGUAAAAGUGUUUGUAACUUACCUGCCUCGACUUCCCUUUGAGAAUACCACCUGGAUGGAUCGAAAAGCAAGACAAGACUGAGACCGUGGUGUGGUUCAGUAACGGAUGAGGUUAUGUUAGGUUAAAGAGAGGUUUAAGUGUGUGAUUAUAUUCGGAUCAUUUCAAGCUGGAGUAAGAUAGAGAGUUAGUGAGUGAGUGGGUCAGUCAGUCAGUCAGCCAGUCAGUUACUCAGUCAGUCAGUCAGUCAGUCAGUUGUUGAGUUGUAUUGUAUUGUGAAGAUGACAAAUAGAUAAGGUCAGUGCGAGGUCAAGCUAGGUCAGGUCAUCCUCAUUGUUUUAGGGUGUAAGAUUAUACGUUAAAUGUGACCUUGCUACAACCAUCACCACUACCACAACCUUUUCCUUGGUCAACUACACACACACACACACACACACACACACACACACACACACACACACACACACACACACACACACACACACACAGACACACACGAGCCCUACAAUGCGUAAAGUAACACUAGAAACAAACAGGUCUCCGUGUUCGUAAUAAGGUGUCCUCGUUGUGUUAAGUGUAACCGCAGUGUUCGUAUGAAGGACUCUAAGACGUGACCCGAGGGAACAGAGGAGAGAACCCGGGCGAGACCAAAGGAACACAGGAACACAAGAAGCACCGAUGAACUUCAGACGCAAGAGGAAGGUGCUGCCUAAGAAGUGGCGUUCUGUUUUUGGGGUCCUCUUCUGUUUGGGAAGCGUGUAUGUACGUUUGUUUACUUAUUGGUGAACGGGGAAGGCAGUUACGCUCUCUCACUCUCACUUAUUCUAAUUGUGUACGCGUAUUUCUGUCAUUAUUCUUGUUAUUGUAAUUAUUAUGGUGACUUACAGGAGUGAGUAUCCAUUCAGUCAUUCAUUCAUUUGUUCAUUUAUUCACCUGUUGUUUUUAUUAUGAAGAGGAAGAAGAAGCUGAAUGUGUGUGUGUGUGUGUGUGUGUGUGUGUGUGUGUGUGUGUGUGUGUGUGUGUGUGUGUGUGUAAUACAAAGACGUGUAACGGAAAUGAUAAUAGUAAUGAAGAUGAUGAUAAUGUUGAUGAUGAUGACGAUUAUCAUUAUUAUUAUUAUUAUUAUUAUUAUUAUUAUUAUUAUUAUUAUUGCAGUAAAAUGUGGAUGAGCAAGGAGAAAGUGAUUCAACACGAAAUUUUAUCAUUAUUAUUAUUAUUAUUAUUAUUAUUAUUAUUAUUAUUAUUAUUAUUAUUGUUAUUAUCAUUAUUAUCAUUAUCAUGUCAUUAUCAUAAGUAAUAUCAUUGUACAACUAUGACAUUACUCUCUCUUAAGCCUCCUUCAAAGAAAUCAAUUAUAUAUAUAUAUAUAUAUAUAUAUAUAUAUAUAUAUAUAUAUAUAUAUAUAUAUAUAUAUAUAUAUAUAUUAUCCGUACACACAAACAAGAAAGGAAAUAUGUAUACUAAUGUUAUCUGAUGUGGUCCGUCCACGCCUCACUCCCCAGUACCACAAACCCCUUCAACCUCGAACACCUUAUUCACCUCAAAAAAAGUGCAGGUGCCAUAGCAAGUCAUGUCACGUACUACAAAGCACUACGGACAAUAAAAAUCGGUGUGAAUUACCUCAGUUUAUCACAUUCCUAGGUCUUCAUCUUUGCGGAACUGCCAAUGUAAAGCAGUUCACGAGUCUACAUUGAUUCCCAUUUGACUUGUAAGAAGAGAUACUGUACACUAGUUGACAUCACUUCCUAGGCACCUGUACCUUGUCCUCCCGUCCCCCCGCCCCACUCCUCGUCCCUCAGCCAGGCAUUAAGCAGGGUGAUAAACUCCAUCUGGAUAUGAGUCUGUCUUCUCGUCCACUUGUCUCUCCUCUUCAGACUUCUCCUCGAGUUUCACAUCUUCAUUUGUUGAUUAUGUGUGUGUGUGUGUGUGUGUGUGUGUGUGUGUGUGUGUGUGUGUGUGUGUGUGUGUGUGUGUGUGUGUGUGUGUUUUCUGUU